AUGGCGAAUAGUCAGAACCCCCCGGCCUUGUUGUGGCAGAUUCAGAAUGCUAGGAACCAUGUCGAGCAGAUUGGACGCCUCCGCCAACUUAAGGAUGAGGUCAUCGGCGAUGUUAGGGGCAAGGAGAAAUGGGUGAACCACGGAAUACUGCAGUCGCUCGUCCAUCUGCUCCAGCAAAAACCCACAGAGUCGCCCUCUGGUCUGGAAACUAAGGAGGCCGAUGUGCCUAUCGGCCAGACUAUGGACUUGCCAGAUGAUGAUCGUGUGCGGCUAUUGGCUUUGCAGCUCAUUGCUAGUUUUGCCAAAGGUGGUCCUUCGUUUCUCUCUCCUUUGAAUGCCGUUGGAGUGGUCCCUGUUGUUUUGACAUAUAUCUGCCCGCUCAAGAACCCCGCACAACUUGUCUUGACAUCUCUGCGUGCCCUGAGCAACAUGACAGAGGCUGCCAGCCUCUCGUCGAAAACAAGUACAGAGGAUACGGCUGUCCUAGCCAAAGCUCUCUUUGUACCGCGCUACAUCGAAUCGCUGUGCGCCAUCCUCGACGCAGAGUCUACCUCUCCCACAGUACAAGAGCAAAAAUGCUUGGUUGCGAGUUUGAUAAGUCGGUUGUGUAAGGAACCGCGCUUCCAAGAUAUGCUUGCCGACGCCGGGGUCCUGGACGCCCUAGCCACCCUCCUUGCCAGCUUCGUGGUCGCGCGAGGAGAGGUUUUGCCGUUUACCCUAGACACGCUGGAGAGGGAGGGCCUGGAUGCUGCGAUACCACAAGCUACUCCUCAAGGACUGAGUCUGGCCCUUAUCCUGGAAGCGAUAUCUGUCAUCAUAGCAGAUUCGCGUUUCCGAACGGGUCUGCUGCUUUGUUCACCGGCAAUCAUGGCAGUACUAAUCAGUAGUGAGUUCCAAGAAAGAAACUCUCAAAUCUCUCGCACAUGGGAACUGCUUAAGAAAAGCGGCCUUGCGCACGGUCGGUCAGUGGACCGCUCUGCCAUUGACUACCUACUUCCACCCGUUCCAGUUACGACACCGCGAUUUCUCUUGUCCCAACAUCACCCAUCAUUUCCAUCUAAGGUCGUGUCAUGGGAGACGCCUGCAAAACACGGUCGGGUCGCAACGAAGUUCACGACAGUGGAUCGGGAAUGGUCUGUUGGUGGCGGGGAUAUCGAUGAACCGGAGAGCCCGCUAAUACCUUGGUUGAUCCACCUCAUGCGAUCUAGUACUAACGAUCAUGAGAAGGUCAUGGCUGCGUCCGUACUUGCAUCGGUAUUCAAGGGUGGCUUCACGAGCCCAGACCGAGAAUUUUCACUCAGCGUCCUUGUCCUUCCGGUUCUUUGCCAGAUACUGAAGGAUUACCAAACAGAGAGUGGCAAGAACCUAGAUGCCACCUUUGUCGACUCGGAGACCGCUACCGCAUGGGCUAUCUUGGAGCGGACACCAGCUGUCCUAGCCCGAUUUAUCGCGGACAGCGUGUUUCUGCAACAGGUUGCUCAUGAUAGCGGAGCCCUGAAGCUGGCGUGCAAGUUGUUGAAGGAUGCCUAUGCGCCCUCGGUAAUCCAAUCGCCCCCUAGGCCUUGGACGCCAAACCCGGAAGAGAGACGGGAUUUUGGAGAGGAUGGGUUUUCGGCAUGCCAGCUUGGGCCACCGGGUCAAGUCCCAGUGUGUGCGCACAAGAUCAGGAUGAGAGAGAGCUCAAUUAAACUCAUAACAUCCCUGGCUACAUUCAAGGAAGAGUUUAGAAAAGAAAUUGUUGGGCAAGAUAUACUACCAAGUGUUGUAGAGUCGCUCUCCGAGACGCCACAGAAACCGACGCCACCCAAGGAAAAGUCGAAAACGCAGGAGGACGGUGCCGUUCCGAUACAUCCUGCGGGCCAUUCUCCUUAUGGGCAUAACCCAACGUCGGUCUUAAUCGCGGCAUGUCACGCUGUAAGGACACUGGCACGAUCGGUCAGCAACCUCCGAACAGCCCUGGACGACAACUGCGUUGCUAUACCCAUUUUCAAGCUCUUGAAACACGUGGACAUCGAUGUCAAGGUAGCAGCCUGCAGCGUGGUCUGUAAUCUGCUGACCGAGAGCAGCCCUAUGCGUGAUCCUCUCAUCAAAGCUGGUGUUAUCGGUGUGCUCUGUCUAUACGCCAGGUCUGAUAAUGCGGGGCUGAGGCUUAAUUCUCUGUGGGCACUCAAGCAUCUCGUUCAGAUGGCGGACAGGGAUAUCAAGAGACAGUGCCUGGAGGAACUCGGGCCGGGGUGGCUUAUUCAGUUGAUAUGUGACGAUACGGAAGACGAGGCACUGCAUGCCCGAGUUCAUGCUCAGGGCAUUACGGGAAAGGAAUUUGAUGAGGUUCGAAAGGCGCGUGAAGCCGAUCUCGUGAUCCAGGAACAAGGUAUCGACUUCAUUCGCAACCUUAUCUCCAUUCCUCAACAACCGUCCCAAGCGGAUAUGGUUGACUACGUCUUCAGCGAGCUAGGCCAAGACCGUCUCUUCGAUAUAUUGGCGUCCAAGCUCCGUGUCAAGGUGCUCCGUCCGUUUGCCAGACGGCAGUCGUCCAGCUCGGGGACACCUGGCGGCGGAGAAGGGCCGGGAGCCCCAGGCCGCAGCGUCAGCAUCGACUCGCGUGUACUGUACCCGCAAUCCAAGAUCAUCGUGGCGGUGAUCUACUUGUUGACACACAUCGCGGCGGGAAUUCCUCGACACAGACAGCUUGUGGUCGCCCAACCGGAGCUCCUUAAGCUGCUGGCGGGUCAUUUCAACAACAAGGACGUGGACGUGCGGCGGUCGUUGUGUCAUCUGCUCAAAAAUCUGGUAUGGUGCGAUGGUUCGGACGACAUGCUGGGCAGGGAUCUGCGGGUGAGAGCACUGAAGGACCUAGGGUUCCUGCAAAAGCUCGAAGGCCUGGAGCAUGAUGCUGAGCUGGAUGUCAGGGAGCGUGCCAAGGAGGCGGUCUCUACCAUUAAGGGAGAAGAGGAGGAUGCACUUCGAGUCCCACAUGGCCGGGUAGAUUGCUAG